AUGUUUUUAAACGAGCAGCAAAUGAGGUACUUGUUAACGGAAAGUCUUGCGGGAAAAAAGCGGACAGUCGCUGCUGAUUUUGAGAUAAAUUUUAUGACAUUACAACGAUUCUGUAAGAGACACAAGCAGAGAGAAAAUGAUGGAUCAGAUCUACCUGCCCAUGUAGGAUAUAAACGAACUCGCGAGGUGUUGCCCGAUGAUAUGGAAUCUGAGUUAGCUGAGUAUCUGCUGGAUCGGUCAAAAUUAUAUUUUGGAUUAUCCACAAAAGAAAUUCGUAGAUUGGCGUUCGAGUUUGCCAUUAAGAAUAAUAUAGUUGUACGUACAAACUGGACUGCAAAUCAAAUGGCAUCCGUAGACUGGUUGACAAAUUUUCUUAAACACCAUCCAAGGCUAUUCCUCAGGAUUCCCGAAGCGACUAGCCUUAGUCAAGGUACAAACUUUAAUCAGACAAAUGUUGCUGCGUUUUUCAAUCUACUGAAAGAAGUUGUAGAUCGAUACAAAUUUGAACCCCAGGACAUGUAUAAUGUUGAUGAAAUGGGAAUAGCCACGGUGCAAAAACCAGACAGAAUUGUGGCUAGAAAAGGAGCUAAACAGGUCGGUUUUGUAACAUCUGCCGAAAGAGGGACGCUGGUCAUAUUUUGCUUUGCUGCCAAUGCCAAUGGAAAUUUAAUCCCUCCCAUGUUCCUAUUUUUCACGAAAAAAUUACAGGGAAUAUUUUGUAAAUAA